AUGGUGGCCCUGUCCUUGAAGAUUUGUGUGCGCCACUGCAACGUGGUGAAGACCAUGCAAUUCGAGCCAUCGACGGCAGUGUACGACGCGUGUCGAGUCAUUCGGGAGCGGGUGCCCGAGGCGCAAACCGGGCAAGCUUCCGACUAUGGGCUGUUUCUUUCGGAUGAAGACCCUAGGAAAGGGAUUUGGCUGGAGGCGGGCAGAACACUGGAUUACUACAUGUUGCGAAACGGGGAUAUUUUGGAAUAUAAAAAGAAACAGAGACCUCAGAAAAUCCGGAUGCUGGAUGGAUCUGUGAAAACAGUGAUGGUGGACGAUUCCAAGACAGUGGGGGAACUCCUGGUGACUAUUUGCAGCAGGAUAGGAAUAACGAAUUAUGAAGAAUACUCUUUAAUCCAAGAAACUAUUGAAGAAAAGAAAGAGGAAGGGACGGGUACGCUCAAAAAAGACAGGACGCUGUUACGAGACGAGAGGAAAAUGGAGAAGUUGAAGGCCAAGCUCCACACAGAUGACGACCUAAAUUGGCUGGAUCACAGCCGAACAUUCAGAGAACAAGGAGUGGAUGAAAACGAAACGUUGCUGCUUAGACGGAAGUUCUUUUACUCUGAUCAGAAUGUAGAUUCGAGAGACCCUGUGCAGCUGAACUUGCUUUAUGUUCAGGCUCGGGACGACAUCCUGAAUGGCUCUCACCCUGUCUCCUUCGAGAAAGCUUGUGAGUUUGGUGGAUUUCAAGCCCAGAUACAGUUCGGACCUCAUGUGGAACAUAAACACAAACCUGGAUUCUUAGAUCUAAAGGAGUUCCUGCCCAAAGAAUACAUCAAGCAGAGAGGAGCUGAAAAGAGAAUAUUUCAGGAACAUAAGAACUGUGGAGAGAUGAGUGAAAUAGAAGCCAAGGUCAAGUAUGUCAAACUCGCCCGGUCCCUCCGCACGUAUGGUGUGUCCUUUUUCCUGGUGAAGGAAAAGAUGAAAGGCAAGAACAAGCUGGUGCCUCGCCUCCUGGGAAUCACCAAAGACUCCGUGAUGCGUGUGGAUGAGAAGACCAAGGAAGUGCUGCAGGAGUGGCCCCUGACCACGGUCAAGCGCUGGGCAGCCUCGCCCAAGAGCUUCACCCUGGAUUUUGGGGAGUAUCAGGAAAGCUACUACUCGGUACAAACCACUGAGGGAGAGCAAAUAUCCCAGCUUAUUGCAGGCUACAUCGACAUCAUCCUCAAAAAGAAACAAAGUAAAGAUAGAUUUGGACUAGAAGGCGAUGAGGAGUCAACUAUGUUAGAAGAGUCCGUUUCCCCCAAAAAGUCCACCAUCUUGCAGCAGCAGUUCAACCGCACCGGGAAGGCGGAGCACGGCUCGGUGGCGCUGCCGGCCGUGAUGCGCUCAGGCUCCAGCGGGCCCGAGACCUUCAAUGUUGGCAGCAUGCCCUCGCCGCAGCAGCAGGUCAUGGUUGGGCAGAUGCACCGAGGCCACAUGCCGCCACUGACCUCAGCCCAGCAGGCCCUCAUGGGGACCAUCAACACGAGCAUGCACGCCGUCCAGCAGGCCCAGGAGGACCUCGGCGAACUCGACUCGCUGCCACCUCUCGGCCAGGAUAUGGCGUCUAGGGUGUGGGUUCAGAACAAAGUGGACGAAUCCAAACACGAAAUCCAUUCCCAAGUCGAUGCUAUCACGGCUGGAACGGCUUCGGUUGUUAACCUCACGGCUGGUGACCCUGCAGACACUGAUUACACAGCUGUGGGCUGUGCGAUCACCACUAUUUCUUCCAACCUGACGGAGAUGUCCAAAGGCGUGAAGCUGUUGGCGGCCCUCAUGGAUGAUGAGGUGGGCAGCGGGGAGGACUUGCUCAGAGCUGCAAGGACCCUCGCUGGGGCAGUGUCAGACCUGCUGAAAGCGGUGCAGCCUACUUCUGGAGAGCCUCGACAGACGGUUUUGACCGCUGCAGGAAGCAUCGGGCAAGCCAGUGGGGAUCUUCUGAGGCAGAUUGGGGAGAAUGAGACUGAUGAGCGGUUUCAGGAUGUCUUAAUGAGUUUGGCCAAAGCUGUUGCCAAUGCUGCUGCCAUGUUGGUACUGAAGGCGAAGAAUGUUGCCCAAGUGGCCGAAGACACCGUCCUACAGAACAGGGUGAUCGCUGCUGCCACCCAGUGUGCCCUUUCCACUUCCCAGCUUGUGGCGUGUGCCAAGGUCGUGAGCCCCACCAUCAGCUCCCCUGUGUGUCAGGAGCAGCUGAUUGAAGCGGGGAAGCUGGUGGACCGCUCCGUGGAGAACUGCGUCCGCGCCUGCCAGGCGGCCACCACCGACAGCGAGCUCCUCAAGCAGGUCAGCGCGGCGGCCAGCGUGGUCAGCCAGGCCCUGCACGACCUCCUGCAGCACGUACGACAGUUUGCCAGCCGAGGCGAGCCCAUCGGCCGCUACGACCAGGCCACCGACACCAUCAUGUGUGUCACUGAGAGCAUCUUCAGUUCCAUGGGCGAUGCUGGUGAAAUGGUGCGCCAAGCCCGGGUCCUGGCCCAGGCCACAUCAGACCUCGUCAAUGCCAUGAGGUCAGAUGCGGAGGCUGAAAUCGACAUGGAGAACUCAAAGAAGCUCCUGGCAGCAGCGAAACUCUUGGCUGACUCUACUGCUCGCAUGGUGGAAGCCGCAAAGGGCGCUGCAGCCAACCCAGAGAAUGAGGACCAGCAGCAAAGGCUGAGAGAAGCUGCAGAAGGUCUCCGUGUAGCAACCAAUGCUGCUGCCCAGAAUGCUAUUAAGAAAAAAAUUGUCAACAGACUGGAGGUCGCAGCCAAGCAGGCCGCCGCGGCGGCCACACAGACCAUCGCCGCCUCCCAGAACGCGGCCGUUUCCAACAAGAACCCCGCGGCCCAGCAGCAGCUGGUGCAGAGCUGCAAGGCAGUGGCUGACCACAUCCCUCAGCUGGUGCAGGGGGUGAGAGGGAGCCAAGCUCAAGCGGAAGACCUCAGUGCCCAGCUGGCCCUCAUCAUCUCCAGCCAGAACUUCCUCCAGCCUGGCAGCAAGAUGGUGUCCUCUGCCAAAGCUGCGGUGCCCACCGUGAGUGACCAGGCCGCAGCCAUGCAGCUGAGCCAAUGCGCCAAGAACCUGGCUACCAGCUUGGCGGAGCUGCGCACCGCCUCGCAGAAGGCCCACGAAGCCUGUGGUCCUAUGGAAAUUGAUUCGGCUCUGAACACCGUGCAGACCCUGAAGAAUGAACUGCAGGAUGCCAAGGUGGCUGCCGUGGAGAGUCAGCUGAAACCACUCCCGGGGGAAACGCUGGAAAAAUGUGCUCAGGACCUGGGAAGCACGUCGAAGGCGGUGGGCUCGUCCAUGGCGCAGCUCCUGACCUGUGCAGCUCAAGGCAAUGAGCACUACACAGGGGUGGCUGCUAGAGAGACGGCUCAAGCUCUGAAAACGCUGGCUCAGGCUGCCCGUGGAGUGGCUGCCUCUACAAGUGACCCUGCGGCUGCUCAUGCCAUGUUAGAUUCUGCUCGAGACGUGAUGGAGGGCUCCGCCAUGCUCAUCCAAGAAGCCAAGCAGGCCCUGAUUGCACCUGGAGAUGCAGAGAGUCAGCAGAGACUAGCUCAGGUGGCCAAAGCCGUCUCACACUCCUUGAACAACUGUGUGAAUUGCCUCCCUGGGCAGAAGGACGUGGACGUGGCCUUGAAGAGCAUUGGGGAGUCCAGCAAGAAGCUGCUUGUGGAUUCGCUACCUCCAAGCACGAAGCCUUUCCAGGAAGCCCAGAGUGAACUGAACCAGGCAGCGGCUGAUCUGAACCAGUCCGCAGGGGAAGUUGUCCAUGCCACCCGGGGCCAGAGUGGAGAGCUGGCUGCAGCCUCUGGAAAGUUCAGUGAUGAUUUCGAUGAAUUCCUCGAUGCUGGUAUUGAGAUGGCUGGCCAAGCUCAGACAAAAGAAGACCAGAUCCAAGUGAUAGGAAACCUCAAGAAUAUCUCUAUGGCAUCCAGCAAGCUGUUGUUAGCUGCCAAGUCUCUCUCUGUAGAUCCAGGAGCUCCCAAUGCGAAAAAUCUCCUAGCUGCAGCUGCAAGAGCUGUGACAGAGAGCAUCAAUCAACUCAUCACUCUAUGCACCCAACAAGCUCCCGGCCAGAAAGAGUGUGACAAUGCCCUCCGAGAGCUUGAGACUGUCAAGGGCAUGCUGGACAAUCCUAACGAACCUGUGAGUGACCUCUCGUACUUUGACUGCAUUGAGAGUGUGAUGGAAAACUCCAAGGUUCUGGGUGAGUCAAUGGCAGGGAUUUCACAGAACGCCAAGACCGGGGACCUCCCUGCCUUUGGGGAAUGCGUGGGAAUUGCAUCCAAGGCUCUCUGUGGGCUGACGGAGGCUGCGGCUCAGGCUGCAUACCUGGUCGGCAUCUCUGAUCCAAACAGCCAGGCAGGCCACCAGGGCCUAGUGGACCCCAUCCAGUUUGCCAGGGCUAACCAGGCCAUCCAGAUGGCGUGCCAGAACCUGGUAGACCCUGACAGCAGCCCGUCGCAGGUCCUGUCAGCUGCCACCAUAGUCGCCAAGCACACCUCAGCCUUGUGCAAUGCCUGCCGCAUCGCCUCAUCCAAGACAGCCAACCCGGUGGCCAAGAGGCACUUUGUCCAGUCGGCCAAGGAAGUCGCCAACAGCACCGCCAACCUGGUGAAGACCAUCAAGGCCCUGGAUGGGGAUUUCUCCGAAGACAACCGCAAUAAGUGUCGCAUCGCCACUGCGCCCCUGAUCGAAGCUGUGGAGAACCUGACGGCGUUCGCAUCCAACCCUGAGUUUGUCAGCAUCCCCGCCCAGAUCAGCUCCGAGGGCUCCCAGGCACAGGAACCGAUCCUGGUCUCGGCCAAGACCAUGCUGGAGAGCUCGUCAUACCUCAUUCGCACUGCACGCUCUCUGGCCAUCAACCCCAAAGACCCGCCCACCUGGUCCGUGCUGGCCGGACAUUCCCACACCGUGUCCGACUCCAUCAAGGGUCUCAUCACGUCUAUCAGGGACAAGGCCCCUGGACAGAGGGAGUGUGACCACUCCAUCGAUGGCAUCAACCGGUGCAUCCGAGACAUUGAGCAGGCAUCGCUGGCCGCCGUCAGCCAGAGCCUGGCCACGCGGGAUGACAUCUCUGUGGAGGCCCUCCAGGAGCAGCUGACUUCAGUGGUCCAGGAAAUCGGGCACCUUAUUGAUCCCAUCGCCACCGCAGCUCGGGGAGAGGCGGCUCAGCUGGGACAUAAGGUGACACAACUGGCAAGCUACUUUGAGCCCUUGAUCUUAGCCGCGGUUGGCGUGGCCUCCAAGAUCCUUGACCAUCAGCAGCAGAUGACUGUGCUGGACCAGACCAAGACGCUCGCAGAGUCUGCAUUACAGAUGCUGUAUGCAGCCAAAGAAGGUGGAGGAAACCCCAAGGCGCAGCACACCCACGACGCCAUCACAGAGGCUGCCCAGCUGAUGAAGGAAGCGGUGGACGACAUCAUGGUGACACUGAACGAAGCUGCCAGCGAAGUGGGGCUGGUGGGGGGCAUGGUGGAUGCCAUCGCAGAGGCCAUGAGCAAGCUGGAUGAAGGCACCCCUCCAGAACCAAAGGGAACAUUUGUCGACUAUCAGACGACUGUGGUUAAAUACUCCAAAGCCAUUGCAGUGACAGCUCAGGAAAUGAUGACUAAGUCGGUUACUAACCCGGAGGAGUUGGGAGGACUGGCUUCACAAAUGACCAGUGACUAUGGGCACCUGGCUCUCCAGGGCCAGAUGGCAGCAGCCACGGCGGAGCCAGAGGAGAUCGGCUUCCAGAUUCGCACCCGCGUGCAGGACCUGGGCCACGGCUGUAUCUUCCUGGUGCAGAAGGCGGGGGCCCUCCAGGUGUGCCCCACGGACAGCUACACCAAGAGGGAGCUGAUUGAGUGCGCCCGCGCCGUCACGGAGAAGGUGUCUUUGGUGCUCUCGGCUCUCCAGGCUGGGAAUAAGGGGACCCAGGCAUGCAUCACGGCUGCCACCGCCGUGUCUGGGAUCAUCGCCGACCUGGACACCACUAUCAUGUUUGCGACGGCCGGGACGCUGAACGCCGAGAACAGCGAAACCUUCGCAGACCACAGGGAGAACAUUCUGAAGACAGCCAAGGCCUUGGUGGAAGACACGAAGCUGCUCGUGUCCGGGGCUGCGUCCACUCCAGACAAGCUGGCCCAGGCGGCCCAGUCCUCAGCAGCCACCAUCACCCAGCUCGCCGAGGUGGUCAAGCUGGGAGCAGCCAGCCUGGGCUCCAACGACCCCGAGACCCAGGUGGUGUUGAUCAACGCCAUCAAAGACGUGGCCAAGGCCCUUUCUGAUCUCAUUGGUGCUACCAAGGGAGCUGCCAGCAAGCCGGCUGACGACCCCUCCAUGUACCAGCUCAAGGGGGCUGCCAAGGUGAUGGUGACCAAUGUCACCUCCCUCCUCAAGACAGUAAAGGCAGUGGAAGAUGAGGCCACCCGGGGCACCAGGGCACUUGAGGCCACGAUCGAAUACAUAAAGCAAGAGCUCACGGUGUUUCAGUCAAAAGAGGUACCUGAAAAGACAUCGUCACCUGAAGAAUCGAUCCGGAUGACGAAAGGCAUCACCAUGGCAACAGCCAAAGCCGUGGCGGCUGGGAAUUCGUGUAGACAGGAGGACGUGAUUGCCACUGCCAAUCUGAGCCGCAAAGCCGUGUCAGAUAUGUUGACAGCUUGCAAGCAAGCAUCCUUCCACCCUGACGUCAGUGACGAGGUGCGAACAAGAGCCUUGCGGUAUGGGACAGAGUGCACCCUCGGCUACUUGGAUCUUCUCGAGCACGUCUUGGUGGUUCUUCAGAAACCAACCCCAGAACUCAAGCAUCAACUGGCAGCUUUUUCCAAGCGAGUCGCUGGCGCUGUGACUGAGCUCAUUCAGGCCGCGGAAGCCAUGAAAGGAACGGAGUGGGUGGAUCCAGAAGACCCAACCGUCAUUGCAGAAACAGAAUUACUGGGGGCUGCGGCCUCCAUUGAGGCUGCCGCUAAGAAGUUAGAGCAACUGAAGCCAAGAGCGAAACCAAAACAAGCGGAUGAGACCCUGGAUUUUGAGGAACAGAUUUUGGAAGCCGCUAAAUCCAUUGCUGCUGCCACAAGUGCCCUGGUCAAAUCGGCCUCAGCAGCCCAGAGGGAGCUGGUGGCCCAAGGAAAGGUGGGCUCCAUCCCUGCCAAUGCUGCAGACGACGGACAGUGGUCACAGGGGCUGAUUUCUGCCGCCCGGAUGGUGGCGGCUGCAACCAGCAGCCUCUGUGAGGCAGCCAAUGCCUCCGUUCAGGGACAUGCCAGUGAGGAGAAGCUCAUCUCAUCCGCCAAACAGGUCGCCGCUUCCACAGCUCAGCUGCUUGUGGCCUGCAAGGUGAAGGCCGACCAGGAUUCAGAGGCCAUGAGGCGGCUACAGGCAGCAGGAAAUGCUGUGAAAAGAGCCUCAGACAAUCUUGUUCGUGCAGCCCAGAAGGCAGCAUUUGGCAAAGCCGAUGAUGACGAUGUCGUAGUGAAAACAAAGUUUGUGGGGGGCAUUGCCCAGAUCAUCGCCGCGCAGGAAGAAAUGCUAAAGAAGGAGCGAGAACUGGAAGAAGCAAGGAAAAAACUGGCUCAGAUCCGCCAGCAGCAGUAUAAAUUCUUACCCACAGAGCUGAGGGAGGACGAGGGCUAA